GUUACACAGAUAGAGGGCAGCAACGGGGAGUGAUGUGGCAAAAGGAAGAAAUGAAGAACAAAGAAGAAGAAAACACUUCCGUACAGUCAGAUUAUCAACCAGGCUCUCAGGAGUAGCCAGGUUCUGUCACAAAAUGACUAAAUUGAAAGACAAAAGACGAGAGAAAACCAGUGUCGCCUCUGAGAUUGACCGUUUGGAGGAGCGACGGGCGCGUUGCCAAGACAACCUGGGGAGGGCUGAGUACAGGAGCAGAAGGGAGACGCUCUCUGACAAGGACAGGCAGGACCUGGAAGAUGAAAUGACGAUCAUUAAUGAGAGGGUGCUAAAGUUAGACAAGGAGCUGCAGACGUUAAGAGGAGAGAAUCGGAGGAACAUGCUGCUUUCGGUAGCUCUGCUGGUCAUCAGCGCUCUCUUCUACUAUGUCUUUUUCGUCAAUGAAGAGGACUCAUGAUACUACCUGAUUUCUUAAAGGGACCUAAUGCUCUUAAAAAAAAACAACAACCUCAGGACAGUGUUGUCAUGAGGUGAUGUAUGAGGCCAGGAUCGUGUACACGGGGGUUAGAUGCAUGAGAAAGCUGAAGAGCUGUGAUGUAAUACCCCCGUUCAGCCUCUAGAUGGCGGCAUUGUCUUAAUCUCGUCUGGUCGUCAUAAUUGGUUUAUCCUGCACAGUCAGAACCCCACCACAGCUUCUUGGACUUAAAAAACACAUAUAUGAGAUAAUAUUAACGUGAAGUCAGCGAUCAUUUUAGUCUUUUCCUCAUCUUGUAUACAGUAUGUAAAGACCUUACUGUAUAUUAUGAAAUUCAACAUGAAGACUGAAUUUAUACACAGCAUUUUGUCACUUAAAUGACUCAUCAAAUAUAACCUCUGCCUUAUGCCACAAAUAACACCAAAGUAAUAUUACUAUUAUAUAAUAUAUCAAAGAAAUGCUUCAUACAAUUGUGCCAAUCAAGUCUGCUUUUUUUUCAGUCGCAUAUAAAUAAAUGUGUGUUAAUGCAUGGUGCACAUGUCACGUGUGCAGUUAAAUGAUACAAAUAUUUGAUACAUUUGGUUUUCUCUAAGUGCGAGGUGUAUAGAAUGUUUUUACAUUGCCGCAAAUGGAGAACCUGAAGAAUGUGGGUUUAUCAUGAAUAUAUUAAACACUAUACCAAUUUUGGAAG